UCUGCAUCUAGUAUAAAGUCAGUGAGUGAGGGUUUCACACACACACAUCCUGCACACAUGCAGCAUGCUCAGAAUGACACGGACAAGUACAGUAUUGAGCAUUCUCAUCUUGUUUCUUCGUACCACUUUUGGGGAAAGUGGUUACACUUCAGGAGAUGGUGAUGGGACCUUCGGAGAUGAUGAACCUGAUAAUUUGGACAUUGACUGUUUCAGUCAGCUGGAAUUUAAGGAUUCCUAUAGCAGCUUGACCUGCAAUUUCACAGAGCUGCCUCCUCACAACACUAACUAUACCCUGGCUGUGUGUACCAAGGAAGACAGCAGUUACCUGUGUUUCAAUAUGGAGAAACAGGAAGAUGUUUAUUUUUUACAGUUCACCGACAUACUCUCAAAUAAAGACAUUUGUGUGGAAUAUGAGAUAAAGAGAAGGGUCUGCAGGAGUCUGAUUGUAACUGACAUUGUCAAGCCUGAGGUACCAUUUGACAUAAACAUAACGUACCAAAAGGAGGCAAAUGAAUAUCUCGUUCAUUAUAGUACACCACACUCACGGAAGAAAUAUUUAAAGGAUAAAUUAAUACACCAGAUAGCCUACCGGCAGGAAGAAAGCAAUUGGAAGACCAUAGAAUCACCAUACCUACAGAUAAAGUUACUUGGAAAAAACCUCGAAACGGAUGCAUUGUAUGAGGUGAAAGUACGUUCUCAGCCCAAUGGAGAUUACUUUAAGGGCAUGUGGAGCGAGUGGAGCACUUCGAAGAGAUUCAGGACCACAGGAGAGUACUCCACAGAGAGCUAUAGCAGCAUGUUCAUGAUUAUACUCUCCGUCCCAGGAUUCAUUCUGUCAGUUGUCAUGAUUGUUCUGAUCCUAACAUUUUGGGAAAGCAGGAUCAAGCCUGUUGUGUGGCCAAACCUUCCUGAUCAUAAAAUAACUCUGGAGCGACUGUGUAAAAAGCCAAAAAAUAAUUUUGAUAUAAGCUUUAACCCAGAGAGUUUCGGUUAUGUUUUUAUCCAUGAAGUGGAUGGCAUUCAAGCAAAAGCCGAACAGGAAAAUUUUCUGCAGCCACCAUCUACUCCAGAGACUGAUAUUUCACCAAAGCUUAGGAGUGGAUCAGACCUGAAGCGAAGCCCUGCAAGGACUGACAAAAGCAGCCUGAACCUGUCUAUGAAUUACGGAGGUAUCUGGUCUGCAGAGGCUCUUCAUGGACUCCUUGGUAGCAGCCAGUCUACAGACACUGCUGACACCUGCAGCUCUGGCUUGUAUGAGGUGUGCCACAGCAGCAGGGUGCCUCUGUGUGAUAAUGGCUUUCACCUUCCUUCUGCUCCUGCCUUGGAUCCUCCUGGACAACCUGGACCAGAGUCCCAGAAUGGCAACAUGGUGCCACCUAACACUGAAUUGAAGGCACCAAGCGAUGAAGAAACCUAUGUCACCAUGUCUAGCUUUUACAAAAAUCAGUAGGCCUUACAGAUAUCACGAAACACUGCCUUUUCCCUAGAACAAGCAGGAUACUGAAGCUCCCUAUUUUGUUCUCCUGUGUUCUGUCUCAUCUAGUUCUCAUCUCCACCACACCCUGCUCACAAUGCAAUGCUGUAUGAAGAUGUGUGGGUUCUGCCUUUCUUUGAGUGGCCCAACUUCUGCCCUCUGUGUCCCAGCAGAAAUCUCCACUGCAGAAAAAAUGAAAUUUAAUUUAAACUGACUUCAGAUCUGAUAAAUCCAGAGCAAUGACACUGCACCCCUAGACAAGAACAACAGCAUAUCUAAAAGAUGUGAAGCCUUCUGUUAAUGCCUAAACAAGAAAUAUGGCAACAAGUUCAAGUGAAACUGAUCUGAUCUUUCUCACACUAGACCAAGAGUAACUCCUCUGCAGUUGGUGAAGUCCAGAAGUUUGCAAAACUUAUGGACAGUGACAGUAAAUGAGAGUUGCUAUCAAGCAUUAGUUACCUGGGGAUUCAGAAGACUGACCGCUGCAAAGGUAGUUGACUGAGCCCCCAGGAAAAAGCACAUGGAAUCACUUUUGGAAGAUGUCUUCUCAGACUGAUUUUUUUGAAGGAUGAAAACAGCACAAAACCAAAUAUACCACUGUCUUUGCUAUUGGUAUAAACAUACCCUAGAGCUAAAAUCAGGAUCUAUACAUAGUUCUGCUACAGUCAUGUAUUAAAGACCUUCAGUAUC